AUGCCGACAACACUGGACAUUACAUUGAGCUCUGUAGCCACCUGCACUUGCGAUUGGCUUACCGACAAUUCUCCAUCUCAGUCCAUCAUCCAUACAGCUGCUCGUUUAUAUUUCAAAGCUUUGUCAUUUGUAAGGAAAUGCCAUUAUGAAAACUUGUCAGUAGUCGAUCUUUUCCGAAAUAUUGCCAAGAAAUAUCCACACAAAGUAUGCUUCGUUUUCCAAGAUGAAGAAUGGACUUACCAACAGGUAGAUGAUUUGAGCAAUAAAGUUGCUCAUUGCUUUCUUUCCCGGGGUUAUAAGAAAGGUGAUGAAGUGGCACUUUUUUUGGAAAACUGCGUAGAAUAUAUAUGUAUUUGGCUAGGUUUAGCCAAAAUUGGAGUUAUCAUUUCCUUCAUCAAUACUAAUCUUCGAAAGGAUUCUCUGGUCCAUUCUAUUAAUGUGAUAGAUGCAAAAGCUGUGAUAUUUGGAAAAAAUCUUUCAAGAGCUGUAGAAGAUGCAAUACCAUUCGUUGAAAAGAGGGAUACUAUGGAAUAUUACUGUUUCUAUGAAAAAUCAAUGACAGAUAAUAAUGAAACUGUUCAGUUUCCAGCUAAAUCUUUAAAUUUGCUUUUAGAUGAUGCUUCUGAGAGUUCUGCUGAUAUACAGAAAAUUAAAAUAAAUUUCCAAGAUAAACUGUUGUACAUAUACACAUCUGGAACUACUGGCUUACCGAAGGCAGCGAUUAUUAGACACAGCAGGUUCAUUUGGAUUUCAGCAGCGGCUAAGUAUGUAGCACAGUUAAAGGAAUUUGAAACAUUCUAUAAUCCUCUUCCCUUAUAUCACUCGGCUGGAGGUAUACUUUUCUUGUCAGUAGUUUUAGCCUUUGGUGGAAAGAUGGUUGUACGAAAAAAAUUUUCUGCUUCCAACUUUUGGAAAGAAGCUGUGAAACACAAAGCAACUGUCAGUCAAUACAUUGGAGAAAUUUGCCGUUAUCUCUUAAAUCAGCCAAGAACUCCUGAAGAAACGCAGCAUUCAAUUUGGUUGUUCUUUGGAAAUGGUCUAAGAUCUCACAUCUGGAAGGAAUUCAAAGAGAGAUUUCAAAUCAAAUCUAUCGUUGAAAUGUAUGGAGCAACAGAAGGAAAUGCUAACCUAACUAACAUGUUUGGUAAACUAGGAGCUGUAGGAUUUGUAUCAAGAAUACUUUUCUGGCUCUAUCCCGUUCGUUUAAUCAAGGUAGAUCCUGAAACAGGAAAACCUUUAAGAAAUGCACGAGGACUUUGCAUUCAAUGCCAACCAGGCGAACCUGGUGAAAUGGUUGGAAAAAUUGUAAACAGUAAUCCAAUCAAUCAGUUUGAUGGAUAUGUCAGUAACAAAGAUACAGAAAAGAAGAUAAUUAGAGAUUGUUUUACAAAGGGAGAUAUGGCUUUUCUAUCAGGGGAUAUUUUAGUCAUGGACGAAGAAGGUUAUCUGUAUUUUGUGGAUCGUACAGGAGAUACUUUUCGAUGGCGUGGUGAAAAUGUUUCUACUGGUGAAGUGGAAAAUGUAAUCAGUAAAGCUCUGAACCACGUAGGAUGUGUGGUUUAUGGUGUAGAAGUACCAAAUGUUGAAGGCCGUGCUGGCAUGGCAGCUAUUCAGAUUGACUUAAAAGACAUUGAUCUGGAUGCUCUUUACCAACACAUUGGUAAAUCUUUACCAUCAUAUGCUGUGCCUCUCUUCAUCCGAAUCUGCAGUAAUUUAGAAACCACAGGCACUUAUAAGCUCAGAAAAGUGACUCUUCAGAAGGAUGGUUUCAAUCCAGAAAAAAUAGCUGAUCCACUGUUUUUCUUCAAUAAAAAGACUUGCGUACCACUAACAAAGGAAGUGUAUUUAGAUAUUAUCACUGGAAAAAUAAAGCUGUGAUAUUAAAUUCAAGACUUUAGAUGAUUCAUAAGUUCACAUUAGUUAUCAUAUGUAGACUUUUACAUUUUCAUAAAUAAAAGGAAAUUAUAUAAAAA